CCUUUACGCUUUCCGUCCGUUGUCAUGGAGAUUAUGACCCUGAGCAGGAUAAAUUCAGAUUAGCUUUAGCUGUUUGUCUUUUGACUGUUUCGCUGGUAAAAUACAGUGAAUUUUGAAUUAAAGGCCAUGGCUGCUUUAGAUACUCUCUGGGAAGACAGAGACGUUAGAUUCGACAUCACUGCGCAACAGAUGAAAACCCGCCCAGGAGAAGUGUUAAUCGAUUGUCUGGAUUCAAUUGAAGACACCAAAGGAAAUAACGGAGAUCGAGGACGACUCUUGGUGACAAACCUGAGAAUAAUUUGGCACUCGUUGGCUCUGCCUAGAGUCAACUUGUCCGUGGGUUACAGCACCAUUAUUAACAUCACAACAAGGACUGCACACUCUAAACUGAGAGGACAUACUGAAGCUCUCUACAUCUUAACAAAGUCCAACAACACAAGAUUUGAAUUCAUUUUUACCAAUCUGGUUAUCGGAAGUCCAAGGCUCUUUACCUCUGUGAUUGCUGUACACAGGGCUUAUGAGACCUCUAAGAUGUACCGGGACCUGAAGCUACGAGCUGCUCUCAUUCAAAACAAGCAGCUCAGACUCUUGCCUCGGGAGCAAGUGUACGAUAAAAUCAAUGGAGUUUGGAAUCUAUCCAGUGAUCAGGGUAACCUGGGGACCUUCUUUAUUACCAAUGUUCGGAUAGUGUGGCAUGCCAAUAUGAACGAAAGCUUCAACGUCAGCAUACCUUACCUCCAGAUUUGGUCAAUCAGAAUAAGAGACUCAAAGUUUGGCCUGGCUUUGGUGAUUGAAAGUUCACGACAGAGUGGAGGAUAUGUGCUUGGGUUCAAAAUUGAUCCAGUGGAGAAGCUUCAAGAUGCUCUCAAAGAAAUCAACUCUUUGCAUAAAGUUUACUCUGCAAACCCCAUCUUUGGAGUGGAUUAUGAGAUGGAGGAAAAGCCACAGCCACUGGAAGAACUGACAGUGGAACAGCCCCCUGAUGAUGUGGAAAUCGAGCCUGAUGAACAGACUGAUGCUUUUACUGCCUACUUUGCUGAUGGUAAUAAGCAACAAGACCGUGAAGCAGUUUUUUCUGAUGAGCUUGGCCUCGCCAUUGAGAGGCUUAAGGAUGGCUUUACCCUCCAGGGGCUGUGGGAAGUGGUGGGCUGAAAAAACAUCAAACAUCAGUUUGCUCUAUGGACAGACAAGAGGGCGUUUAUUUAUUACUAAUAGGCUAAGAUUAAGGUUACACCUUAUCUACAAAUGCUUUGUGUUUUUUUUUGUUUU